UUGUUUACCCUGUUCGUCAUCCCCACCACGGCCUGCUUGCUUCAAUUCCCAACCAAAACAGCAGAGCAGCCGCCGCCGGCUGUCGACCCCGCCGCCACCAGUUCACCACCGUCGUCGUCGCCGCCGCCGCCGGGGCUCCCUUCUCCUGCUCCCCUGCCCUCAGAAACAAUUAACCAGAUGGGAUCAUCUGCCAAGAGUCAGGAAAUCGGGUCAAAAAGAAAGUGGGAGAACCAACACCAACAUACAGCGAAGCACAUCGCAUGGCAUUCCUUUGGGUACCAAGGCCACUAUCCGCAACAGAGGCCUCCAUGGAAUGGUGCUUCACUCACCCCCUCGCCAGGGAGGCAAAAUAAUUUCCAUGUUUCAGGAGAUCGAUUCUUUCUGACGUCCAGCCCAUACCAACAAGAUCUGGAAAGUAGGUACAUUCAGGACAAAAAGAACGGUGUAAUCACUUGUUUGGUCUGUGGCAAUGAAGGACAUUACAGUUCUGAGUGCCAUUUCAAGGACCAAGAGCACAAAAUCAUUUGCGCGGUCUGUAGCAAAAAUGGCCACUGUAGCAUGUGGUGUUGCCAGCAGAACAAGUCGGAGAAUCGAGCUUGCACCCGCUGUGGAGAGAUAGGGCAUACUACCAAUACACAUGGUCUCGGUUGCUCAAGCUGUGACGAGUAUCAUGACGAUGGAGAGUGCCGUUUAAGCCAAGUUAAAUGCUUUAUCUGUGAAUGUCAGGAUCAUUAUCUUGCUCAGUGCACCUUGAAUUUAGUAUUGACUGAGGCAUUUCAGGGCCAGAGAGACAACUUCCAAGCGGCUCUGCGGCUUGCACUAUCAAAACAACGCAACCCAUCAUCUACACCUGCCAAGUGUUACGCAAAAUCAGAAGGAAGAGUACUGACCGCCAACAAGUCUAGUCCAAUUUGCUUUACAUGCCGUGAAGAAGGUCACUUUGCCUUUCAGUGUCCUCAGAACAGCCCCUGCCAGUCCGAAGAAUUUGAAGAGAGCAACACUAUAGCUACAUCGGCCAACCUGUCCAAAGAAUUAGAAGAACGGGACCCUGAUACAGGUACUGCUAAACAAUCAUCAGAAAGGAAGCCGAUAUUGUACGAUCAGUGUUGCCCCUCAAAAACAAAAGUACUGACCCCCAACAAGUCUAGUCCAAUGGUUAGAACAUGUAAAACAAAAACAGAAGGGAAGAAAAGGAUGUGCUUUACAUACCGUGAAGAAGGUCACGAUGCCCGUAUGUGUCCGCAGAAGUUCGGAGCUAUAUCUGGCAACGCGUCAAAAAAAUUAGAAGAGAGAAGCACUAUAGCUACAUCCUCCAACAUGUCCAAAGUAUUGGAAGAACAGGACCCUGGUACUGCUAAACAUUCAUCAGAAAUGAAGUGGGUUCUUCGAUGUGUUAGCUGUGGUCAGGAAGGGCACAGGGCCAAGGGCUGUCCAACACGAGUGUUUAUAUGCUCCUUAUGCAAUGAAGAAGGCCACAAAGCCAAGAAAUGCCCUCAGAAGGGCCAGAAAUCAUCAGAAAUGAAGCGUAAAUCGAAUGUCCGAUGUGUAAGGUGUGGUGAGGAAGGGCACAGGCGCAAGAAGUGUCCGUUGAAACAUCAAUCAUAGACCGUCCACAAGUCUAGUCCUUUGGUUACAGUAGACAACACAUCAACACGAGUGGUUACAUGCUUCCGUUGCAAGGAAGAAGGCCACUGCGCCAAUCGAUGCCCUCAGAAGCACCAGAAGCGUUAAGACUGUUCCACCAAGAGCUAUCGGUAAAGCAAACAGUAGUACUCAUAAUGACUAUCCAUGGCAUUACAUUUUCAAUCACGCCGAGAAGCAGCUUGGGAAGAGAUCUUGGCACUAAAGAUACAACCAAGGGAAAAGAUACUCACUGAGCUGAGCCAGACCUCCUCCCUUGACUAAAAAGUUACUGCACAGUUACCGUCUUUUUCUUUAGAUACUCUAGCGGUUGAAAAGUUUUCAAGGAAGGGCAUUUUAUAUCAUGUGUUUUUGGAAUGUCUUUCUCUGAGAUGAUAUUGGUGCCAAUUGAUGAUCUGAUGAGAAGACAUUCCCAAGAUGGGAUUCACAACCACUUGCAUUGUGCAAGUUUACUGGCAUAUUCCUUGGUAGUAAAUGCUUCUCCAUACUUCAUGCACUUGAUGAACAAGUGUACGGGAUACAUCUGGGUAAGGACCUUUUUGUUUUGUUUCUGGUAGAGGGCCUAGUGAAGUUUUUUGGCAGGAGCACACAUAACAAACUUAGGCAGAUGAAGGCUUAAAAAGACCAGUGUUGGCAGACCGAAUGUUUACUAGUCCUGCACUAACUAAUAACCUUCAAAGUACUGCAAUUACUUUCUUUCAAA